AUGGUGACAGUUGCAGAGGCUGCACUGUCUUCUCCCAUCUUGUUGCCUGUGGUUGCUGUCUCUGCAGGAAGUGUGAGGUUCACAUCUUACUUCAGGACUUUGGUCCACGUGGAUUUCAUGUAUGCAUGUGUUAAUUCAGUGAUCUUUGAGGAUGUGGCUGUGAACUUCACCCAGGAGGAGUGGGCUUUGCUGGAUCCUUCCCAGAAGAAUCUCUACAGAGAUGUGAUGCAGGAAGUUCUUAGAAACCUGGCUUCUAUAGGAGACAAAUGGGAGGACCACAAUGUUGAAGAUCAGAACACAUAUCCUGGGAUAAAUCUAAGUUUUUCUUACCUUCAAAUACAUGAACGAACUCAUACUGGAGAAAAGCCCUAUAAAUGUAAACAAUGUGGGAAAGCCUUUGCUUCAUCCAGUGACCUUCAUGCACAUGAACGAACUCAUACAGGAACAAAGCCCUAUGAAUGUAAACAAUGUGGGAAAACUUUUACUAGUUCCUCUUACCUUCAAAUACAUAAACGAACUCAUACUGGAGAGAAGCCCUAUAAAUGUAAGCAGUGUGGGAAAGCCUUCACACAGUCCAGUCAGCUUCACACACAUGAACGAACUCAUACAGGAGAGAAGCCCUAUGAAUGCAAACAAUGUGGAAAAGCCUUCACUACUUACUCUCACCUUCUAAUACAUGAACGAACUCAUUCUGGAGAGAAGCCCUAUGAAUGCAAACAAUGUGGAAAAACCUUUACUACUUCCUCUUACCUUCAAAUACAUGAACGAACACAUACGGGAGAGAAUCCCUAUCAAUGUGAACAAUGUGGGAAAGCCUUUGCUAUAUCUACUCAGCUUAACACACAUAUAGCAAUUCAUACAGGAAAGAAGCCCUAUGAAUGUAAACAUUGUGGGAAAGCCUUCACUUUUUCCAGUCCCCUUAAAGUGCAUGAACGAACUCAUACUGGAGAGAAGCCCUAUGAAUGUAAACAAUGUGGUAAAGGUUUGGUGGGCCAUGGCAUAGCAUCCUACUCUGCGUUCUUGUGUCAGAGAAUCCUUCUGGAGUGGACACUGAAGCAUUGGAAAGAUACAGUGGCAUCCCAGAUGGGAAUGCCAUGUGAGUGCAAGAUGGUGGAUCAUCGGCCUACCUGGGUGAGGUCUUCCAUCGGCUUCAAUGCACAGACCUGA